UGUAGUCGAGUACCUAUCUAGAGGGGCGCAGGUUUCUGAUGGUUAUUGUAGACGUGGAUCGCCAGCUCGUAGUUCACUGAACUAUAUACAUAUGUUCAGGAAUAAUCUUGGACUUUUCUAAAAAGCAAAAAUGCUAGAUUUUGCCAUUUUUGCAGUGACAUUUGUCAUCAUUCUGAUUGGUGCCGUCCUGUAUUUAUAUCCGUCAUCUAGACGAGCCUCUGGUGUACCUGGACUAAACCCAACAGAAGAGAAAGAUGGGAAUCUUCAAGACAUAGUGAACAAAGGAAGUCUCCAUGAGUUUCUGGUGGGUCUUCAUGACGAGUUUGGGUCUGUGGCAUCUUUCUGGUUUGGGGCAAGACCAGUGGUCAGCCUGGGUGCUGUGGACCAACUGCGACAACACAUCAACCCUAACUGGACCACGGAUUCAUUUGAGACUAUGCUUAAGUCGUUGCUUGGCUAUCAGUCUGGUUCAGGAGUUGGACUGACCGAGUCCAUGAUGAGAAAAAAAGUGUACGAGGGAGCUAUCAAUAAAACCCUGGAGAACAACUUCCCUCUGUUGCUUCAGCAAGUUGAGGAGCUGGUUGACAAGUGGGCCUCCUAUCCUAAAUCUCAGCACACUCCUCUCUGUGCUCAUCUACUUGGAUUGGCUAUGAAAGCUGUCACUCAGCUGGCCAUGGGGAGUCGUUUUCAGGACGACGCUGAGGUCAUUCGCUUUCGUAAGAACCAUGAAGCGAUCUGGUCAGAAAUCGGAAAAGGUUAUCUGGAUGGAUCCUUAGAGAAGAGCUCCAGCAGAAAGGCCCAUUAUGAGAGUGCUUUGGCUGAGAUGGAGUCAGUGUUGAAGUCUGUGGCAAAGCAGAGGCCUGGACAAGGAUCCAGUCAGUCGUCUUUUGUUAACUAUUUACUACAGGCUAAUCUGACAGAGCGGCAGGUGAUGGAAGAUGGUAUGGUUUUUACUUUAGCCGGCUGUGUCAUCACUGCUAACUUGUGCAUCUGGGCAGUUCACUUCCUGUCAGUCUCUGAAGCAGUGCAGGACCGGCUCUAUCAUGAGCUUGUUGAAGUGCUCGGAGAUGAACCUGUUAGCUUGGAGAAGAUUCCACAGCUUCGAUACUGCCAGCAGGUGCUGAAUGAAACCGUCCGCACUGCUAAACUAACGCCCGUGGCUGCCAGAUUACAGGAGGUGGAGGGAAAGGUGGAUCAACACGUCAUUCCCAAAGAAACACUGGUUAUCUACGCCCUUGGUGUCGUCCUUCAGGAUGCAGAUACUUGGUCACUUCCAUACAGGUUUAAUCCUGACAGAUUUGCUGAAGAGUCAGUAAUGAAGAGCUUCUCGCUGCUUGGGUUUUCAGGAAGUCAGGCCUGCCCUGAAUUAAGAUUUGCAUACACAGUGGCCACAGUGCUGCUCAGCACACUGGUGCGCAGGUUGAGAAUGCACAGGGUGGACGGACAGGUGGUUGAGGCCCGGUAUGAGCUGGUGACCACACCUAAAGAUGACACCUGGAUCACGGUCAGCAAGAGAAACUGAACCACUCUCACAUCCCUGAAACAGCGCCCUCUGGAGGAUGGGAAUUACACAUGAAUAAUCACAUGGUUUACAUGCAGUGUGGUACAGCAAUUUAUAAGAUCAAAGCAAUGUCCAGGUUAUUAACACUAUUCGCCACAGUUUUUAGAGCUUCAUUCUUUUGAAAUGCGUCGGACAACAACAUUCCAGAAAUGAUCAGUGUUUAAUUGCAAUUUUCUAUACUAAUAAAAAAGAAGUGUGCUUCUGUC